AUGUCUUCAGGUUUUAAAUCAAAUGACAAUUCCAAUGAAGAUUCCUCUGAACAAAGAUUAACUGGAAACAUACAUGAUAAUGCGCCUUCUGCAUAUGCAUCUAGAACAUUAAAGUCACAAUCUAAUUUAAAAAACCCACAGGUUGGAGGAGUUAUGGAAAGACUACUAUUUGCUGCAAUUGAUAUUAAUGAAAAAGAAAAAGAAAAUUAUACAAAUAGUAAUGGAAAGGAAGCAAAUUCCGAAUUUAAAUUUUAUAAUGAUUUAGAUGUGAUUUUUGAUGCAAAUGAGGCAAAUGAUUUCAUUAAAGAUAUAGGUAAUGAAUUAAAUGAUACAGGAAUUCUAGAAAAUAAAACAAAAUAG